AUGGCCGCACCACCACGCCUACCCACGGGGCCCCGCCCCAGGGCUCCUCCCGCUGGUGUAGUGCGUCCUGCUUCCAUACCAUUACGUAACCCAGGAGCGCCUCCUGCUCCUGUACAACCAAGCCGACCAGGAGCACCUCCUGCUUCCGUACCGCCAGGUCGUCCAGGUGCCCCUCCUGCUCCUUUACCACCAGGUCACCCGGGAGCAGCUCCUAAAAGUCUGCCAGUAGGUACGGCACCACCAGGUCGUCCAGUAGCACCUUUGUAUGCCGCGCCAAUGCUGCCAGCUGAACCACUGCCCCCUGCUGCUGCACCACCGCCCCCUGCUGCCGCACCACUGCCUCCAGCUGCUGCACCGCCUCUAGCUGCCGCUCCGCUGCCUCCUCCACGUCAACCUGUUGCAUUUGCAGAGCAGGCCCAACUUGCAGCACAAAAGCAGUACACUUCGCAGACAGCUGGCCAGAUGCCCGGUACUUGUGCAAUAGCAACGGUCAAGGGUUCGCCUUCCGAGUUGUACAAGAGAGAAUAUGUUACAGCUGUGAAGACGUACGAGCAGCAGAUAGGUGCGAACAUUGUACGCGGCAAGAUGUUCAUCGAGAGCUCGCCCGCGAACAGCAGCGUUCCCCCCCAUGGAAUGUUACUUGGGAUGACUAAGGGAAUGGCACCACCAGGAGUGGAGUACGGCUACUUCUCUGCCGCAGGAUAUGGUGGUCCCACUACGGGCUUCAGUGGGGCACCACCAAUGAUAGUGGGCAGUGGGUUCAACAUGUCGACACCAGGUGGCUACAAUGGACUUGUGAUGCCACCUUACGGCGUGGCGAUUCCGGGCAUGGCAAGCACUUACAGUGCAGAACGUUUUCAGGAGGGAUACGGAAGGCCUGAUAUUGAUUCCCGGGUGUCCGGUUCUGCCGAAUGGCCGAGAGAUGCUCCUCGGGAAUACGGAAGGCAAACAAUGUCACGAGAGAACACCGGGCCUUUAAGGGACGACUACACCGAGGACAGCAGGCUGCCACCCAAGCACUCUUUGAGCAGGGCUUCAGACCUGCUACAGAAGAUAAAGGACGACCUCGGCGAGCAUAGCGCCGAGACAUUGCUGGGGAAGAUUCGCAGAGACGUCAUGGUGAUGGACGCUGAUGAUAACGUAGGCCGUGCGGCUACAGCCAGGAGCAGUCUACGCCCGGCAAGAAGUCAAACGUCGUCCCGCACUCUCCAGAGACCAUACGAUGACCAAAACAACGAAGAGAGGCGGUCGUCGAGACAGAGGCGAAGAACUUCGCGACACCACAAGUCUUCAUCAUUUUCAUCUUCAUCAUCAUCCUCUUCAUCUCACGGCAAGCCUUACAAAAAGCGUUCCCACAAGUCCAAGGACAGCAAGGGCAAGCGCCACAAGUCGAGAGGAAAGAGAAGGGAAUCAUCGUCUUUGUCAUCCUCAUCGUCUUCAUCGGGCCGACGGAUCGCCUCUGAACAAAGGCUGCAAAUCUAUUGA